AAACCCUAGCUCAGUCCGGUUCCCACCUCUCUGUCCGCUUCGGGGUCUUCCCCGACCUCUUGCCGCGCUAUAUAUUCAAGGCUGAAGCCUCCCAAAAACCCUAGUCGCAUCUCUGCUGCUGGUCGCCUCUCCUGCCGACGAAAAUGUCGAAGCGAGGACGCGGAGGUUCUGCGGGUAAUAAGUUCAGGAUGUCACUGGGUCUGCCAGUGGCAGCCACGGUGAACUGUGCGGACAACACUGGGGCUAAGAAUCUUUACAUUAUCUCGGUGAAGGGAAUCAAGGGUCGCUUGAACAGGUUGCCCUCUGCUUGUGUCGGAGACAUGGUGAUGGCCACUGUCAAGAAGGGGAAGCCCGACCUCAGGAAGAAGGUCAUGCCCGCGGUCAUCGUCAGGCAGCGCAAGCCCUGGCGCAGAAAGGACGGUGUCUACAUGUACUUCGAAGAUAAUGCUGGUGUCAUUGUGAAUCCGAAAGGAGAAAUGAAAGGUUCUGCCAUCACCGGUCCAAUUGGGAAAGAGUGUGCAGACCUGUGGCCGAGAAUUGCCAGUGCAGCCAACGCGAUCGUCUGAGAGUUGCAGUUAUCUUUUGUUCCUGUUAUUUGUUUUCAUAUUGUGGUUUGACGUUGGCGUGGGUUAGUUAACCUCAGUUUGCUUAGUUAUGAGAUAUAUUUACAUGUUGGAGGCUCACCUAUGCCCUUUACUCUUUUUGAAGUGUUGUCAUGGAUUAGAAGAUUUAAGUAUAUCCGUUUUAGACGUGAUUUCUUUCUC